AUGUCUUCCACAGAAUCAGAGCCGGGACAACCGCUCGAUCCAGCCGAGCUAGGCAUGACCUGCGGCUCCAAGAACCUGUACUCUGGCAAAGAGGACAAGCGAGGCCGGUUCCAUUGGCAAGAGUCGAUUCCAGAGGAUAUUGGUGAGCCGGUCGAGAAUGCCGAGACCGCCAAAUAUGCUUUGAUAGUUCGAAAUGUCAAGGUCUACAACGACCCCCGCCGCGUCCUGAAGAUCCACUCCAUCGUCAUCCAGAGCCCGCUCUUGAAACAAUUCCUCACCAAGGUGCUCAAGGACUACCCGGGCGUGACCGUCGACUUGGCGCGUCUGGAGUUCUCCGGCAUAUUUGAGCCGCUCAUUCAUCGCUGGCAGGAAAUGCAGGAAGCGAUAGCGGCUUUGAGUGAGGACUCAGAAGACGAUCGCAAGACGCGCGAGCAUGCGCAGCUGCUUUUUGAUAUCUUGCUGUCGGAGUUCCAGGACACAAUUGAAACGAGUCAGGAUAUGAAGAGCAAGGGCGUGAUCACCUACGAAUAUCUGUGGACGCUGUUCCAGCCUGGCGAAAUUAUAUACGCACGGCAAGACGGCCAGGAGACCGCACUUAAGUUAGCGAGCAGCAAAUAUGGCACGGAUAGAAACAACCUUCCUUGUUACUGGGUAACCGGCAAGUACAUCGAUUUCGAUGGCAGCCGAUUCGGCACGCAGAAGAUCAAUCACGAUAUCAGUGCCUUCUCCGGCACCAGGCGAAUCUGCAGUCUCGGCAGUUACCCUCUCUCAUUCCACACUGAACCGGACCUGCUGAAAGCCCGACUGAUCGAGCGUGGAGGCCAGGUUGAAAGCCUUUCUGGCAAUCAUUACAAAGCCUACCAUGGCAUUGGCUGGCGGCGUAGCACUUUCACUCCAGGUCGGGACAAAUACAACAUCAAAGGCCGCAUCGUGAUCGACACGUAUGGCUGGAACCGCUUUAACCCAAACCAGGCCAUAUACGUCACGCCGUUGUCAUCGAAGGAGAACGAUACAGCGACACCAGGCCUUGGAUCGGGCGAAGCGACGGAGGAGACCGAAGACGAAGAUUACGAUUCGUACGAAGAAGAGGACUGCGGCGAUAGCGGCAUGCCGCGUGACGGGCGGUUUUCCGACGAGAACGACGAGAUGCGCCGGAAGCCGCUGACGGACGAGCAGAAACUGAUCUGCAGCCCGUUGCUCCGGGGGUACGCGCUGAAGAACAAGCUGUGGUUGAACUUCUUCAUCGGCGGCGUCCGGGAGAUCGAGUGGAGCGAGACAGCGUUCGACAGCCUGGUGCUGCCGGCGAAUCAGAAGGAGCUGAUCUUGGGAUUCACCGAGUCGCAGCGGAAAUACAAGGAGAGCUUCGAUGAUGUGAUCGAAGGGAAGGGGAAGGGCAUCAUCAUGUUGCUUUGCGGCCCGCCGGGUGUCGGAAAGACCCUGACCGCGGAAUCGGUGGCGGAAGAGAUGAAAGUGCCGUUGUACACCAUGAGCGCUGGCGACCUGGGCCUCGACCCGCGGAACGUCGAGACGAAACUGCAGAACAUCCUGGAGAUGUGCACGAAGUGGAACGCCAUCCUGCUUCUAGACGAAGCCGACGUCUUCCUCGAGGAACGCAGCCUCCACGAGCUCGAACGCAACAAGCUUGUCACCAUCUUCCUGCGCAUCCUCGAGUACUACGAAGGCAUCAUGUUCCUCACCACUAACCGCGUCCAGACCUUCGACGCGGCCUUCCAAUCGCGCAUCCACAUCUCUCUGAACUACCAGGACCUGAAUGCCAAGGCGCGCGAGACCGUCUGGACGAACUUCCUGGAGUCGAGCAAGAAGAGCGGGAUCGAGAACUCGCUCACCGAGAAGCAGGUGAAGAAAUUGGCGGAGAAGGAUAUGAACGGGCGACAGAUUAAGAAUAUUCUGAAGACCGCGCAGCUGCUGGCACGGCGCCGGGAGCAGAUCUUGGGCUAUGAGCAUAUGGAGACGGUGCUGGAGGUUACGCAGCAUUUGCACCAGACGGCUCAGCAGAGCAAGCGGACGCAGGAUACACUCUACCACUAG